GUUUAUCAAACUAUUAUCGAUCUGUGCUGUGGCGAUGUGACAAAUGAGAUGGACUGUCGUCUGGAUUCACAUAUCACUUCAUGGAAUGGCAUGAUUUUGGGGGGUGAUCCUAACGACAAAUGUUAUAGUUAUAUUGUUCAACAAGGUAUGAACAUAUUGCUCAACGCGUUUGACCCCUACAACCUCUACCAACAAUGCUAUACCCUCAAAGUUGGUAGCGGUACUUCCCCAGUUGGCGAUACAUGGACUGGAAAUAAUUACGAUUCAUCGGAUCCCUAUAUGGGAUACUAUUGCUACAUGAAUGAUGCCCUAAGGAAAUAUAUGAAUCAAGAUUCAGUAAAGAAAGCUCUGCACAUUCCAGCAACAACCCCUACAUGGCAAGCUGAUAGUAAUAUCAUCUCUGUCUACAAUCAGACGAAUCCUACAUCUCAGGCUUCCUUCGACUUCAUCAUUAACAGCCAAUACUAUGCGUCCAGUAACUUCGCCAUUCUGCUCUACAGCGGAGAUGUGGACACUAUGUGCAACUGGAUGGGUGCAGAAUGGUUCACCACACAGUACUUCGGCAGUACUCUGAAUCUUGGCCUUCAACAACGGCAACCAUGGUACUACCAGUCUGGCCCGAAAUAUUUGAGCACUCUAGGAGGCUAUGUAAGGAAGUAUCCCAAGAACAUUGACGUGCUUACAGUCAAGGGCUCCGGACACUUUGUGCCACUAGAUCGACCAGCUCAGGCUCUUCAAAUGAUCUACAAUUGGGUCCAGAGGUUGGAUUACAGUACUCCUUAUGUACAAACAACAACUUCAUCAACUACGAGUACUCCGGCUACUCCCGUCACACCUUCAAUUGCUAAUGGAACAACAGCAACACCGACGAGUACUCAACCGUUGCCGUCCAGUUCUCCAGCGUAUUCCAGUAGUUCUACUGUGGUUAAUCCAACUUCGAGUAUCCCUCCAUGGACAAGCACGUCUCUGCCAAACAAUCCUGUCACUUCACCGACGAGUCCUGCUCCUGAAGGCAGUACACAAUCAGGAAAAUCGAUCUUCUGUUCCUAUUACAGUAUAGCUCUUCUCAUUAUUUUGACGAUAUUGCACAAUUGA